UAUACAUGUCAUACAUAAUUUUCUCAACUGGCGGGUGAUCAAAAUUCGUCCAGUUUGUUGUCAUUAGUUACCAGUAAGUUUGCCUCGUUUUAUUCAGCAGUUCGUAAUGUUCACUGAUGAAGUGCUCGACGGAGAGGAGUUUAAGUCGUCAUGGAAACGAGAGAGAUCAACCAAGUCAAGUGGCUCGCAGACAAGUGAAAUACUGACCGGUGAAUCAGAUGCACAAACGUCAUAUAAAUCCAAUGCAAAGGUUCAGACAGACCCCAUCAAGGAGAAGAAGUUUGAACUUGCUGCAGAUAACUCACAGGCUUUUCAAGACUUUAUAGCGAGAGUGACGCCAGAUAUCUGCCAUGUGUUAGAGCGGAACGCCCGCAGUCAUGCCUUCGAUGGUUGGGAUGUGAAUUGGGAAGAGGACACAGAAGCCGUCACCUGCCAGUAUAAGCUAUGCCACGCCCCUUUGAGGGGAGAGCUACAGUGCACACGCGUAGCAUGGAACUGCACCGGUUCCUCACUUGCUGUAGCCUAUGGACGCAUGGACCAUCAAGACUGGUGUACGCACAGAGGGUCAUUGUGCAUUUGGAAUAUAGACUUAAAAUCGAUUGACAGAGAAAAGGCCGAUACAGUUGUGGAUGUCAAUAGUUGCUUGAUGUGCUUGGCGUAUCAUCCUGAGAAACCAUCCGCAAUUGUAGGUGGGAACUUCAAUGGAGAAGUAUUGUUAUGGGAUCUGACAAGGGAAGAUGACGGUCUCCUGGCAACAUCUGGCAUCGGAGAUGACUCACAUCGAGAGCCAGUCUCAGAGGUCAUGUGGCUCCAAGAUCCUAAAAGAUCAAACAAAUAUAAUAUUGUGAGUGUCAGCAGCGAUGGGCAGGUAUUGGUGUGGAAGGUCAACGCGAGAAAAGGAGCCCUGGAACUGGUAGAGGGAUUCCUGCUAUUGGCCAGCAGUCUACCAGCCAUGCUCGGCCAACCCAAGGCCAAAGGGGAAGGAGAGAUGGGCGUGAACUGUAUCUCCUAUGUCUCGGAAGACAAAAGCCAGUAUAUGAUUGGUUCGGAGUCGGGUGGAGUCUUCAAGUGUUCCAUGAAUUCCACAGUUCCGGUGCCAACAACCGAGGUGCUGCGUAGUGUACCUCUCCACAAUCCCGUUGUCUUUGCCUUCCACCCCCACCAUGGCCCAGUCCACUCCAUCGAUUGCUCCCCCUACCACCGUAACCUCUUUCUGACCUGUGGAAUGGAUGCAGAAGCUCGCAUUUACAGCAUGCUAGAGUCAAGGAGUAUCAUCUCUCUUGAGCCAUCAGCAGGAUACCUUUUCUGCGCCCGUUGGUCCCCAAUACGCCCUCUUGUACUUGCGGUGGCCUCUAGUGAGGGCAAGCUCCUCAUCUAUGAUCUGAAGACGAGUCGCAUCAAUCCAGUGCAAACACUUGAGGCAAGCCCCAAGAAGAGUGCUUUGCACACCCUGGAGUUCAACAAGAAGUAAACAUGUUUUUUAUUUUUGUUCUAGGAAGAAAACGGGAGGGGUUGAAAGAACAUUUGGACAGGCUACUCAUUUCUCAAAAUUCUCCACUGAAAAUCAGCUGGAAUUUUCUUUUGUUCGCUCCGGGAGCAUCAAGCCCCAAGUACAAUAAUAGUGGCUUGGCUCUACCUUUCUGUGCUG